AUGCCCCUCGCCGCUUCCUCUCCGCUCAUCAUAUCCCACCCUCUCCUCCCCCUCCUCUCCACUGCCCUUCCCAUCCGCCUUCGUCACCUGCCUAUCACCCUCCCCACCCUCCUCCUGUUCCCCCUCCCCACCCACCUUCCCUUCCUCUCUAACCCAUCCACCUGCCCACCCCCCCUUCCCGUCAGCCUCCCCAUCCCCCUUUCCUUCACUGCAUGUCGACAGGCUCCCAUACACGCUGUACUCACCCCUGCCUUCUUCCACACAUACCAUUCACCCCAUUCUAUCACCCCCUUCCUUUCCUUAAACCCCUCUCGCCCCAUGCACCUGACCGCGUGCCUCCCCCUGUAUGCCUCUUCCGCCGUGCCCCUCACCCCGCACCUCUCAAUGCAUGCCUCUAAUCGCAUGCCCAUCUUCCCUUAUCCCCCCAUCCCCGCAUCCCCCUCAUUUAACCAUCCCACAUUCCCUCCUCCCCUCCUCCCCCCAAUCCCAUCGUCCCCUCCCCCUCCCCCACCUCUCCCUCUUCCCCCCACAGCUGUCAGCCAGUCCGACAACGGCCGCUGUCUUACUCUCGGCGCUUCGGCUGCUGCUGCAAGCGGGAGAGAAGGCGGGGCGACAUACAGUGGGGACAGCUGUAGACGGGGCAGCAGUCGAUGGCGUGGCAAACGGUGGGGCGUCAGAAAAAAAGGGUGGGGGGGAGGUGGGGACGGCGGGAGGGAGGGAGGAUGGGUGUUGGGGAAGGGGAGGGUGAGCAGGGGGAAGAGGACAGAGGAUGGGACAGAUGCUGGGAGUGGUGUGUUAGAGGCGGCAGUGGUGGUAAGAUAUGAGUGCCUGGUGAGUGGCUCCGUCUUCCUUGCCUUGCCCACCGUUCCCACCCCUCUGUGCCUACCUGGUCACUGCCUCCCCUGUCAGCACACCCAUCCCACGGAUCCUUGCAUGCGGCGUUCAUCCGUGCACCCGCCCCGGCUACCAGCGCUCUUGCCAUCGUCUCUUUCCCUGUCUGUCCUCUGUCCAGCCCUCCUCCCCCCCUCCCGCUCCUCUGACCCCUUCGUCGCCUCCUCUGGGUUUGAUGUGGUCACCCCAGGGGGCGUGGUGUCUGGUGUGUGCCACGGAUUGCCAGCAAUGGAAGGAAUUCACAGCUGGCAGGUUGAGCUGGCAUGCCGCGUGGAGGGGCGAGGAGGGGCGGGGGGGAGAGAGAGCAGCAACAGAAACAGCUUUAUUCCGAGAAGCAGCAUGGGGGAUGCGUGUGAUGCCCGCAGAGACAGUGAAGGCAGCAGUGGGAGGGCAGUGUGGUGGGCCGGGCAUGGCAUGAUGGCAGCAAGGGUGCAUUACGAGGUGCUCACACAGGACAUACUGCUCGCCCUCGCUGCUUACACCUGCUGGCAGCAGCUCAUUUCUACAACUCCAUCGCACCGUGCCCAGCAGCACUCCACUCCACGCCACCCUCUUUCCUCUGUCGUCCCCCUCUUGCCAUUCACUCCCUCCUCAUCUACCCACCAUCACCCUCCCAUUUGCUUCCACACCGGCCCAGCCGAGCAACAUCAUCUUGAGCAAGGUUGCUGA